AUGAAAUACUCAAUCCUCGCUGUUUUCGCAACUCUUGUGUUCCCUCAUUUGGGAACUGCAGAGGAAGACAAACCCAAGAGCCCUAUCCUGAAUCUCAACAAAGAUUCCAACUUCAACUUCGACAUCCUCACUGGUCUCGCCCAAGCCCACAACGACGGCGCAGACAUCAAUCCCAUUCUGUCCGUCGCAAAAGAUAUUAUUCCCGGUGACUUUGCAAGCUACACCAAAGAAUGGUUCAAACUCGCAAACGAUACCAAGGCCCAAGCGCUUGAUCCCGAGAAUGCUCGUGACUCCGUCAAUGUCAGGGCUACGUGGUUCUCAGUUGCCAAUUACUUCCGAAGAGCCGAUGUCUAUAACCGAGCUGAUUGGGAUGACCCGAGAAUUAAUGAGUACUGGGACGAGCAGAGAGCAGCGUUCGAUAAGGCCAUCUCUGCCUUGCCUGUUCCUGCUGAAAGAAUCGAGAUACCAAGUGGCGAUUUUAAUGUUUCGGGAAUUUGGUACUCGCAGCCUCAUGCUGGCAAUCAUACCAAGAAGUCGCCAACAAUCAUUCUCACUCAAGGCUUUGAUGCUGCCCAAGAGGAUCUAUACUCUACCAUUGUCGUUCCUGCUUUGCACCGUGGCUAUAACGUCUUCUCCUUCGAAGGCCCAGGCCAGCCAACUCCUCGCAGAGAACAGGGUGUAGGCUUCAUCCCAGACUGGGAGCGAACUGCGACACCGGUUGUCGACUAUCUUCUCACAAAGAAAGCUGCAUUCGUAGAUACCGACAAGCUCAUCCUGUACGGCCAUUCAUUCGGUGGUUAUCUAGCAGCUCGCGCAGCAGCUUUCGAGCCCCGUCUCAAAGCCCUCAUGCUCAACGGCGGCGUUCUAGACGGCUACGACGCGUACGCCGCCUUCCUCCCUCCCAAGAUCCUUGCCCUCCUCGAAUCCGGUCAAAAAGAAGCCUUCGACAAAGCAAUGGACGACGUACUCGCGGAUCCUGAAGGCAGCACCGAUCUCAAGUGGGGUAUGCUCCAAGCCAAAUGGGCCUUCAAAACCACCUCCAUCUACGAGUUUUUCCAGCUGAUCAAGGAGUACUCUCUGAAGGACGGUCUGCUGGACCGUAUUCAGAUACCUGUUUGGAUUGCGGAUGGAGAGUUUGAGACGCUUAUGGCGGGACAGUCGCAGCGAGUCAAGGAUGGGUUGGGGGAUAGGGCCGAACUGCACUUUUUCAAUGGAACGGCUGGAUUCCAUUGUCAGACCGGUGCGCCGCAGGAGAUGGCAAGGGCUAUGUUUGCUUGGUUGAAUAAAACACUUGGCGCUUGA